AUGCAGGAAAAGCUCCCUCCAGGCUAUAAAAGAGGAAACCUUCGGGCUUUUUAUUCCUCGGCGGUGCCUCAACAGGUGCUUGCACUGGUGAAGGCGUCUAAACUUGACCAUCUAUACCUUUUCUUAUUGGGAGCGUUGGCGUUUGUGUUACGGUUUUAUCGACUUCCCAACCCGGCGAAAGUUGUUUUUGAUGAAGUGCAUUUUGGUGGAUUUGUUAGGAAUUACUAUAAUGGCGAGUUCUUUGUGGAUGUGCACCCUCCAUUGGGGAAACUUAUCUUCUAUGGCGUGGCUGUUUUGUUCAAUUGGGAUGGGAAGUUUCGCUUUGAAAAGAUAGGCGACGCGUUUGAUGAAAACGUGCCGUAUGUGGCCAUGAGAGCGGUUCUGGCGGUUUGUGGGAUGUUGACGGUGGGCCUUGCUUACGGUACACUUCGGUCUAGUACGUGUAGACCGCUUGUGGCGUUCUUUGGGGCGUUUUUGGUGCUUGUGGAGAACUCGUUGGCGACGCAGUCUCGGUUUAUUAUGCUUGAUAGUCAGCUUGUGGCGUUUGUGGCGGCGGCUGUGUAUUCAUAUAAACUGUUUGAGACGUCGUUGCCGUUUACUAAGCAGUGGUAUAAGUACUUGAUGCUUACGGGGUUGUCACUUGGUCUUGCUACGUCGGUGAAGCUUACAGGGCUCUUUGUGGUUGCAUGGGUGGGCCUUUUGUCGGCUUACCAGAUCUGGUUGAUUGCAGGCGACUUGGAUGUCUCGUUUAAGCAGUUGGCUGGGCACGUUGUGAGCAGACUCGUUGCGUUCUUGCUUAUUCCAUUGACAGUUUACUGUGGCAUUUUUUCUGUGCAUUUUAUUUUGUUGCCUAAGGGUGGCCAUGACGCUGGUUUGGUGUCUCCACGCUUUAAAGCUCAGUUUAUUGAUUCAAGCAAGGUUAAGGAAACCGCCGUGGACGUGUCUUACGGAAGCACCAUCACUUUGAAACACCACCGUCUUAACCUGUACUUGCAUUCCCAUAAGUUUGUUUAUAAAUCUGGUACUGGCGAACAGCAGGUGACCAUGUACGACUACGACGACGAUGGAAACAACGAAUGGGUGAUUGAAACGAUUGGAACAAACUACGACGGUAAGUUUGACAGCAGAUUCAGACCUAUCAAAGACGGUGACCAUGUCAAAUUGUACCAUAAGUUCACCAAAAAGUACUUGCGUGCCAACAACGUCAGACCUCCUAAUUCUGAGCACGACUACUCCAACGAAGUCUCGUGUAAAGGUAACAGAACAGACACUCAGGAGAGCAACUACGAGUGGAAAGUGAAGAUUGUUGGCAGAAAGCCACAUGCAGAGAACCAGUUGCCCAACAUCAAAAUGAGAGCCACUGAGUCUGUUUUCCAGCUCGUUCACAGAGGCACAAACUGUGUUCUUAUGGGUCACGACACUAGGCUUCCUGACUGGGCGUUCCACCAGUACCAGGUGCUUUGCGUGAACGAUCCAACCAUGCCAAACACUCUUUGGUACGUUGAGCACAACAGCCAUCCAGUUAUUGAUAAGGAUGUGGAGAAUUACCCACGUGUGAAGCUUCCAAGAAUGCUGCUUUAUGAAAAACUCCUUGAGUACCAUAACGCCAUGUGGAGAAUCAACAAGGCUUUCGUGAAACCACACAGGUUUGCUACUCUCCCAUACGAAUGGCCAUUUGUUACUAAAGGCAUUGCUUACUUUACUACUGGCAAUGCUGAUGUCACAUUGAGCGACGAACCAGGCAGUAACAUCUACUCUUUGGGCAACAUCGCUAUUCAUUACAUGGGCAUUUUCUUGGUCGUGUCAUUCUCUGUAAAGUUUGGCCUUUAUGUUCUUGGACACUUGAAUCCGUUCCAUAUCCCAGUGGAGCCAGUGUCAAAGACCGUUUACUACUAUUCCACGGCUAGUUACCUUCUUGGCUGGUUCUUGAACUAUUUCCCAUUUUUCCAAAUGGACAGACAGUUGUUCAGCCACCAUUACCUCACCAGUGUUUACUUCUUGAUUUUGGCUAUUGCUCAGUUUGUGGAGUACCAGAUGUUCAAAAAGAAGUUCACGGGAGCUGUCUUUUUGCUCUUUGUUGCAUUGGCUGCGCUCUACUGUUUUGUGUCUUUCUUCCCAUUGAUAUAUGGUCUGGGAUGGACAAGAGCGAGAUGCGAGGAUGCCAAAUGGUUCCCUGGAUGGGAAUUCGAUUGCAAAGCAUACCAUGAUUAA